CUUCCAUUUCGGGUCAAGGCAGCAUCGCCGUUAGACGUCAGCAAGCUCAAGCACUGCCACAUCAGCCCCAUUGAUGAAGUGGUAGCGCCGCUUGCAAUAUCAAUUCUCAUCAAAUCCAAUUCCACCAAAUUCGCGAAACUCGAGACAUGGGCUGGCUGACACAGACUUGGUAACGAUGCAAACUCGAAAAUCACAUUCGAAAUCACGUAAUGGGUGCGAGACCUGCAAGAGAAGGCGCGUAAAGUGCGACGAGCAGGGCCCGCCUUGUGCCAACUGCGUGAUCCGCAAGACUCCCUGCAAUUAUAUCCGGUCAAUUGACAUGCGUCAUCUAGCGGCGCCGCCUCAGGCUACAACGUCGAGCUCAGCCGGGUCUUCGCCGGGGUCGGCGUCGGCGUCAGCAUCAACAUCGGCAUCGGCAUCGGGAUUGACAUCGGCAUCGACAUCGACAUUGGAAUCCACGUCGGUGCCAUCAGCCGAGUCAUCCUCCCUCCGUCUCCUCGAGCUCGAGCUGAUGCACCGAUGGUCGACGAGCACCUACAAGAGCGUCUGCAGCAUAGCCAGCGAGGAGCACCUCCUGAAGGUGACAGUACCCCGCGACGCCCUGAAGCACCCCUACCUUCUAGACUGCGUGUUCGCAUUCGCGGCGCUAGACCUAGCUGUCGCAUCGCCCGAGCCUGCCGAUCAAGCCUCAUACGCCCGCGCAGGCCUCGACUACCACGACCGCGCCCUCCGCGGCUUCCACGCCGAGCUCGGCAACAUCGCGCCGGAGAACCACCUGCCCAUCUUCAUCGUGUCGACGCUGCUCCUGCCGCUCAACAUCGCGCGCCCGCAGCUCGUCCCCGCCGGCGGCGAUCGCCCGCGGAUCAGCGCGCGCGACUCGGUGCUCGCCCUCUUCGACCUGAUGGCCUGCACCGCCCUCGUCGCCACCACCACCUGGGACUUGCUCGAGGCCGGGCCGGUGCAGACGCGGGCGUGGAUCAACCAGGACGUGCCGGUGCACCUCCUGGACGCCGGUACUAAGGCCGCCGUGGCGCGCCUGCACGCGCUCAACGACGGGCACCGUCGCGACGGACCAGAGGCGGCGGCCCACGAGUCGUACCAGACGAAAAUCCUGCAUCUGGAGGGGUGCUUUGCCAGGGACAUUGAGGCCUCGGUCAAGGGCUCGUGCCUGGCGUGGGUGGGUUUGACCAGAGGGGACUUUGCAGAGAAAUUCCGGCGCGCUGAGCCGCUCGCACUGAUCAUCAUGAUGCACUGGGGGGUGCUGGUGGAGAACCUGGGCAGGGAGGCCUGGUGGGCGAAUCAGGCGGGGCGGAAUCUCGUCAUGGAGCUCUCGGGCGAGCUGCAGAAGCUCGGAUUCGACUCACUACCGGUCUGGCAGGAGAGUAUCUCGUGGACUCGGCAACAGGUUGGUCUGCCGCCGCUGGUUUAGGACAUUCUGGUGUGUGUUUCAUCUUAUUUCUGUGAUACCAGGGCAAGGAAGCCACAGGUUUUGGGAGAGCUGGGGGAUCUGGUCUAUCAUCUAUUUGAUUGAUUUGAGCAAGCAUAUCUAUACCCGACCUGCCUUAUUGUCUCGUGACAGCAGAUUACUUGGGGCUUUCAUACGAAGCGAGACGGCCGAAGCAACUUUUUCCCGGCCACGGACGCGGCCCGU